AGGCCACUGUCCGCCUACAACAGCCUCACAGACAAACACCUAACGGGCUACUUCAACAACACCCGGAUCAGGCGACAACUUCAGAGAGCCGGUCUGAUCACAAGAAGUGGUAGGAUCCUGACUGAAAAAGAAUACAGAAUAAAUGCCAUGAGACGGGACCAUCAGAAGUACAUCCGGGAAUGUCUGGCCCAGGCCAUAUUUCAGAAAGUCCUCGACAUGGAGAGACGCCACCAAAUCGACAUCAAGAGAAAGCUGGAAACAUUUGCAAGAAGGGAGCGGGUGCAAAGAAUUAAGGUGGAUCAUUCCAGCAGAGGCAGAGAAGAAACAUUUCCAGCUUUUUCUCCUCGCCCCCCUACGGGACCUAAAAGUGGGGCAAACCCGCGUCGGCGAAACUAUGAACAGUCGGACUCAUCUGAAUCAGCCUCUUCGCCACGACCAAACACUGCGCCAGGUCAAAUGCAGCGACCAGUCCGGCUGCAGCCGUUGCCAGCGUACACCUCAUCUGGAAAUGGAACAAAGAUGUCUGCGGGAUCCCGCCACAAGCACAUUUCAGAAGAAGACGAUCAACGCUAUCACAGUGGGACUGAAAAGGAUAUUUUUAAGACAAUGAAUGCGACAGAUCAUUCAGUAGGCAUCUCACCUUAUCGCCUUCCUAUCAUUAACAACUUUGUGAUGCCCGUUCCACCGCCACCCCAGAAACAACCAAAGAAGACAAUGAGUACCAUGUCCAGAGGGAGGCGG